AUGUCACGAUGCUCGAGGCAUUGUUUGGCCGGAAGCAUCGCGCCUUAUCGCGUCUGCAUCGUACCUACCAGUAACAAUAAUCAAGACCUAUUAAAUCUGGCGGAAACAAUCUAUGACUCACUCGAAGAUACCGCGUUCAAAGUCAAGGGCCGUGGUUCAAGUGUGUUUUAUAACGACGUGGUGAUUGAUGAUCGCAAACAGAUGUUUGGUGCCAAAAUGGCAGAUGCUGAACUUAUCGGGUAUCCGUUUAUUGUCGUGCUGGGCAAGAACGCGCUCCAGACGCGAACAGUCGAGGUCAAUCAACGCUUACAAGGUAAAGCUAAUGUUAAGAGCAAGAUUCCUGUUGAAGAGCUGGGACGAUGGUUGUUUGAACGCCAAGUUAUUUAA